AUGCCAAAAGCCGGAAUUCAAACUACUCUGGAAAAACUUGCCAAAGACGGGCUUUUGGUCGAAAAAGUCUAUGGAAAGACUCCAAUUUACGUCGUCAAUCAGGCGCAAUUCGAAACAGUCGAUGAAGAAGGCUUCAACCAGCUAAAAGUUGAAAAUGAUCAACUUCGACUCGUUGUCAAGGAAAAACGAAAAGAAGCAAAAGAUUUGGACGCCGAACUUCGAAAAUACACAACAAAAGUGUCUUCUGCAGAACUAAAGCUGAAAAUCAAAGAAAAGAAGGAGUCGAUUCAAGCACUUCGAACUCAGCUUGAGCAGCUGAAAGAAGCUGGAGCGACCAUGAAUGCUGAUGAAUUGGAAAACUCCGUGAAAAACAAUGUGAAAUUGGCAAAGCUCUGGAAAUCCCGAAAACGAAUCGGCGACGACAUGAUGAACGCUGUUUCCGAAGGGCUUCAGAAGCCGAUGAAGGUCUUCAUCGAACUUGCUGAUCUCAAUCUUGACCCUGAAGGCGCGGCUAUUCCAAAAUACUGA